CACAGCUUUAGGAAGAUCAGGAGAGGUUCUUGCUUCAACAGAGAUUGAACGGAACUUUGAUUUAAUCGAAAUUUAUAUUUUUGUUUCAGCGAUAUUGGUAAUACAACAAUAAAACCCGCAGAGAUGGAGACUUGUCAGAUCCGCCAGAACUACGACAGCGACUGCGAGGCUUUGAUCAACAAGAUGAUCAAUCUGGAGCUUUACGCUGAAUACACCUACACCUCCAUGGCUCACUACUUCAAACGGGACGAUGUGGCUCUUCCUGGAUUUGCCAAGUUCUUCAAGAAGAACAGCGAGGAGGAGCGCGAACAUGCUGAGAAAUUCAUGGAGUUCCAGAACAAGAGAGGUGGACGCAUUGUCCUUCAGGACAUCAAGAAACCUGGUCGUGAUGUGUGGGACAACGGGCUGACUGCUAUGCAGUGUGCCCUUCAGCUGGAGAAGAGCGUCAACCAGGCUCUGUUGGACCUGCAUAAAGUCACUUCUCAGAAGGGAGACCCUCAUCUGUGUGAUUACCUGGAGACUCACUACCUGGAUGAGCAGGUUGAGGCCAUCAAGAAGCUUGGUGACCACAUCACUAACCUCUCCAAGAUGGAUGCUGGAAACAACAGGAUGGCGGAGUACCUGUUUGACAAGCACACCCUGGACAGCUAAACACAGACCUCUGAUCAUCUGCAUGCUCCAAAGUGGCCCUCUAUAAUAUGUUCUUAAACCACUAGUUCAUUAUACUUAAGUAAUAACACAAACCUAAACAGCUAAAAGGUUUUUAAAAUCCUAUUAAUGUUGUUUUAGUCAAGUCUAUGCUUUCUUUCUAAAUGUACACUAAUU